AUGGUUCUUCAAGACACGUCGCCUCCUCCCCCCGAGAAGAGCAGGGACUUUGCGACGGAUAAUGACACUGCCCAGGGUGCUGCCGUCCCGCGUGGGUGGUCGGCCUGGUUUGGCGGUCCUAACACCCAAAUCGGGCCCCGGAUCGCGCCCGUUCUGGGCCGGUCAGCCACGUCCGACUCCGACACGGACGACAGCAGCAGCGCCAUUCUCGACAAACAGUUCGCCGACGAGGAGGGCCGCGCUAUCCAAUACCGGACUUGCAGCUGGCAAAAGACUGCCGGUCUGCUCUUCUCCGAGUAUAUCUGCUUGGCCAUUAUGAGCUUCCCCUGGUCUUACAGCAUUCUUGGACUAGUCCCUGGUAUCAUCCUAACUAUCGUUAUCGCUGGCCUCGUGCUCUACACCUCUCUUGUGUUAUGGGAGUUUUGUCUCAGGCAUCCCGAAGUCCGCGAUGUCUGUGAUAUUGGACAGGUUCUUUUCUGGAACAAGAGGUGGGCAUGGUGGGCUACCGCUGUGAUGUUCAUCCUCAACAAUACUUUCAUUCAGGGUCUUCACGUUCUUGUCGGUGCCAAGUAUCUCAACACCAUGACAGCCACCGAUGACGGAGUUGCUUGCCGGACUGUUAGCUACAGUGCCAUUAUGUUCGUAGUCUGCUGGCUCUGCUCCCUGCCCCGGACAUUCAGCAUGCUAUCCAAGCUCGGUACCGCAUCCGCAUUCUUCACCUUCAUCUCGGUCAUUCUUGCUGCCAUCUUCGCUGGUAUUCAGGCACACCCUGCAGGCUACGAUCCCCGCGACAGCUACACGACACCCGCUGGCAAGCACGCUGUUGGCGGCAACCCCAUCGUCACCGCCGUCCCGGUUGCCGGCACUACCUUCGUCAUGGGUCUGAGCGCUUUCCUUAAUAUCAGCUACACCUUCAUCGGCCAGAUCACCAUCCCCAGCUUCAUCGCGGAGAUGAAAGAGCCCAGGGACUUCCCCAAGGCUCUGUGGGCCUGCACUAUUGCCGAGAUCAUCGUCUUCAGCCUUGUCGGCGCCAUCGUGUAUGCUUACACUGGCAACCAAUACAUGACCGCCCCGGCUUUCGGCUCCCUCGAGCCUCUGUACAAGAAGAUCUCGUUCUCCUUCAUGAUCCCAACCCUCAUCUUCCUGGGCGUCCUCUACGCCUCGGUCUCGGCGCGCUUCAUCUUCUUCCGCAUCUUUGAGAACUCGCGCCACAAGAAUGACCAUACCGUUGUCGGCUGGGCUACUUGGACUACCAUCCUCCUUGGCACUUGGAUUCUCGCUUUCAUCAUCGCCGAGGUGAUUCCCUUUUUCUCAGAUCUUCUCUCCCUCAUGUCCUCCCUCUUUGAUAGCUUCUUCGGGUUCAUCUUCUGGGGUGUCGCCUACUUCCGCAUGCGAAAGGCGGACGGCGGAGUCGAGUUCAUCCGGCAACACAGCCUCGUCGGCUACAUGAUGGCCGCUCUCAACAUCGCCAUCAUCCUCACCGGCGUCUUCUUCCUCACUGUGGGCACAUAUGCCAGCGUCCAGUCCAUCAUCGACGAGUUCACAUCCGGCAAUGUCGGUGGCGUCUUCUCGUGUGCCAGCAACGGCUUGUGA